GUCGCGGCCGUAGGGCAAGCGGGAGCGCCGAUUUGCCUGCGCAGGCGGCGAUAAGCUCGCGGUUCUGCAGGUCAAGGUCUCCAGGCAUUCGAAAUGCAUUUCAAGUUUCGAUAUCACCGAGAAAUUGCAAAAGAAGGCGUGCAAGGCCUACAUCGAGCUGGCCAGAUCCGAAGUCUUGCUCGGCGCACCUAGGAUAUUGAACGAGCCGAACGAACACCUACGCCUCGCGGUUUCUGUCCUUUGCGCUUACGCUGGUGGUCAAGAGGAGCGCGAGAAGUGUGCGAAGGCGAUACGCAGCGCCAGGGCGUCGCUGGUGAUGCUGUUCGAUGUUAUGCGCCUGAGCUCGGCGCUGACCUUGUCCACCUUAGCGCCCCACCUCUGAUUGCGCUGCGGGAUCUGGUGUACUCGUCAGGCAAGGGGCCCACGCAGAGCAAGAUGAGGCGGAGCACUUCGUGCCGGCCACCUGUAUGGCGGACGGCGAGAUCGAGAGCUAUGCGUGGUGCGGGCGGACACUGAGUUGGCAGAGGCGGCGACAUCUACCACAACUAUCUAACCAAGGUAUCCUUCGUCGAUAUGAAGUCGAAGAAGAAGCACAAAUCUGCGCGCAUCUACAGUAUCCGCCACGGCACCGUCCUCGUUGCUAUGGAUCCCACGCUUGAAUCCACCGCCGUGACAGCGACGUCAUCACAUUCCGUCUACUUUACCCCUCGGCUCAUGCCCUCUCCACCUUUCGACAAGGACACUCAGACUCCCUCGUCGAUUCUGAUCGCUAUCGGCACCGAGUUAACGAGGAGAUGGCCACUCUCCAAGGCUGACCUCCGUAUACUACCGACGCCCUUUCGCAAACCUACCAACGGCUAAUCGCGUCUCUAUGUAGUGGGGCCUGGACCUUGUUGUGCCCACGGAGCAUCGCCAAAAUCACACAAGAUGUGAACGACUGGUCAGACAAGAUGAUGUCGUCAGUGAACACGAUCCCCUCGCUCUCGUGCUCUGGCCACCGCACCAUCAAGUCUUCGUCCCUGCUUGACAACCUAGAGAAGGCGAGGAGAGCUCUAGCCAGUGCAACUGGAGCAUGUUGGGAACUGAGGGACCUGGCAGCGUUGCCGAUCGCCGCACGGAAGGAAAACACUAUAGGCAGACGAAAGCGGUUGUUAUUCCCUCCGGUCGCGGUCAACACGAUACCGCGGACGACCAGGCCGAACGCCGCUGGCAAUGGGCGAGGAGAAGCGGGGGUCGGUCGCGUUUGAAAAAACCGUGAUGCGAACGACGGCGAGUUCGUGGGGUGCGGUUACCGGGGAAGUCGAGCGAGUUGUGGAGGAGGAGACGGAACUUUGGUCUGCUGUGUAUGUGUCGCUUCGGUGUUAGCUGUGGUCGUGCAUGGUUCUUGCCCUCAUCACUGUAUGGUGUCUGCUCGCAAUACAGUCAAU